AUGGACGGGUACAGCCCAUUGUUUCUUCAACAGUUAGCUCCAUAUGUUAAGGUCAUUUUAGAGGACAAUCACAAUGACGUCUCUAGUGUCUUGAAAGACUACUUCAAAUUGUAUGACAUAUCUGGCUUGAAAUGGGAUAAUUCUCUAAUCAGAAAUAGACAGCACGCGCCUAAGUAUAUCAUAAGAGUAACUUAUUCAAAUGAGUGUGAGGAAAGCAAAAUUAAUAAAAAAACGGAAAACAAAUCUGAACAUUCAGUCUUGUCUCCGUUCAAUCCCAAGUCAGAUUUAUAUCCCAAUGGAAUCCUUUCGGAAAGGUGGCUAGCUAAGUACGUGGAAGAUUUACCAUUCGCAGUUGUGAGGUUAUUUAGCUUGCCAAAAGAUUCGGGCUUUGAUACUGAACUUGCAAGAGUUAUCAAUGAGAAGAAGAGCAAAUGUCACGACAUGAGUGUUAAAUUUGUGGCCAUCAUUGUGGCUGACUCAAACUCGUCACCAUCUGAUGACGAGAAAAGGAUAAGCAAGUUGAGACAGCUUUCAAAUCUUCCUAGGCUAAAUGGCUUAUUUUAUUUGCACGAUUUUCCUUCUACUUUGAAGCGUGAUUGUGAUAUCCUAGUUUCGAGCUUACUUUCAAAUAUUAGGAGCCAAGCUACGGACUUCUAUUCUAAAAUUGAAUUAAAAAUUAAGGAGCGCUAUAAAAAGUACUAUUCCUUUCCUUCUGACGUGCUGCUAAAUACCUCCAUUUCUCUCUCGCCUAAAUUUCUUGAAACUAGAAAUCUCAUCAAGCAAUCUUUCAUACAUCAAUUCAUUUCGCCUAACGAUUCAGAGCCAAGCUUGCGCCUUUUAGAGCUUGCUUAUCAAAGUAUUGUUGAACUACUAAGAGAUAAUUUUGCACAGAUUAAAGAAGAGCUAUCUCCUCAUGACCUUUCAUUAUAUGUGCAAUUUAGAAACUUGAUAGAUGUACUCUCUUUCCAUAUUACGAGAGGAUAUUUUUCAAUUGAGGAACCCCUCAUAGCAUUCAAAAAACACAAAGCCCAUAUAAUAAUCGUGUUGGAUGUCUUAAAGGAACAACAUUUCAACAAUCAUGCUUGGAUUGCAACCCAAUAUGAAUUACUUGGUCAGUUGGUUAUUUUGGUACCUAAAACCCUCUUGAUUAGUACAAUUAAAUCUGGACCACACAAGAAAACUACCGGAGCGCUUACACCCUUCUUUGGAGGUAUAUAUGUGGACGACGAUUUUAGUCACGAAGUUGUGACCCAUCCAAGCUUAAUCUUUUUGCAAGCUGUUAAACAUCUAGAUCAAUCAUGUGUUUCUGACUAUAGUAAGAUGGACCUUCUGCUUUCUAGUGAGGCUCUAAUAUUUUCUUACAAACUUAAGUUACUAUCUGCUGCUAAAUCAUAUUUUGAAACUGAUAAUGACACUAAUCAAACAUCAAUCACGAUUAUCAAGGGAAACACAUUAUGUCAAUAUAUUGAUUGGAUGAUAGGCGAGAUGUAUUUUCGUGAUAGUAGUGAUGAAAACAUAGAAAAGGCGGUUAAAUACUACGAAUCUUGUUUAAAUAGUUUCAAAGCCGGCAAACGUACUGAUAUAUUUUCGAUGGUAGAACAGCGACUAGCAAAAUGCUACCAAAUUACAUCAGAGACAGAAAAAAUACUGGGUAUAUUAAUUGACCUUUCAAUGCAUAGCAAUCCUAUUUCAAACGCCUACGCGCACUUGUCUGUCCAGCCUCUGGAAUUGACCCUGAUGAGCUGUUCGGAGGGCCACUUUUUGAAUGUCAAAGCUCUUUUGGUUAACAAGGAUUUAUCUAGAGCAGCGCAUUUGUAUGAUCCUUGCAUUACCCAAUUAGUCAUCAAAUCUAAUAUUGAUUUAAAUGUCUUAAGAAACUCUUUGUCGGUUAAGUCCAAGAUUGAACUUCAAAUAAACGAGAUAGAAGUGACUUAUCUUAACAUCGACUCUCGUGCUAAAACUUCUGAGACUACGAAAAAUUCAUUAGAGGAUGUUUUGUUAAAAAAUGACAAUAACUUUGAAUCAUUGACAUUGAACUCUAAUGUUGAUGUCGAGAAAAUAUCAGACAAAAUGUUGACUGGUGUUGCUAAUUUAAACAUGUCAGAUCUGAAGGUGAAAAUAUUUCAAUUUUCGCAGCCUGCGAGACGCACCGGUGAGAUAAGCAUUGACUCGGUAACCAUAUCAUCUAAACUAGUAAUCAUAUUUGAAGGAGGCCGAACGGAGAUAAUUAAAAGAGAAACUGUUCCUUUGAAUGAUAUGGACGCAAAUCACCAUAAGGCUACAUUUUAUUACCCUGAUGAUAGUCGAAAUAGUGGCUAUCAAUAUUUGAGAAAGCUGUUGGUAAGAUUGAAUGGGAAGGCAUCUCACUCAAUGAGUGUAUUGCCAAUAAAACCUCAAAUGGCUAUUUCAACAGAAAGAAGUGAGGAGCUUCCGAUAAUUUUGGGUGAAGAAAUACUGCUUCCUUUAAACUUGGAGUUUAAAACUUUAAAUCUGAAAUUCUGCUACAAAAAAAUAGUUCUAUCUCCUAAAAUACUGGUUACCGACCUUGAUGAGAUUGAUUAUACGCCAAAAGUCGAAGCAAGAGUUUGUUGGGAUACUCUUAAAGAUGAUGAGCCCUUAGACGUAGGUAAUCUAUUUGCUGGAUCAGGCAACACGUCUCUGCAUAAAUUAAACGUAAAAAUUCUUGUUCCUCCAUAUAUUAAUAAGGAUUUCACAUGUCGCAACUUGAGAGCUGUUGUUGAGAUUAUCACUAUCGUAUACGAAGGCGACGACGACUCAAGUGAAAGCAUCGCCGCUGUUUACGACACCUUCAAUUACAAAAUGCCCAUAAUAGGUAGCCCAUUUGAGUGCGACUUCUCCAUUUUGCCGUCUUAUCGAACGGAUAAUUUUAAUGACAUGCCAUGCCCUUUUCUUGUUUCAGUAAGUACAGGUGAACGUAACGGAGAUGUUGAUCAAAUUUCAAAUAAUAUUCCAGUCCCAACUAGAUUGUGGAAAGGAAUAAUGACUAUCAAUGAUCUUGUGGAUUCACAUAGUAUUAAAAUUGAAAAUGUUCAAUUGGAUAUUAAAUCAGCCGAUGGAAAUAUAGUUAUUGAAGUUAUGAAGACAGAGCUACGGGCUGAUUGUUUAAUUCACUACUUUACGACCACAAGUAAGACUGAGUUUUCCCAAAGAAAUGUAUCUGUAUCUGCAUCUGCGACAAUUCAAUGGAGUAGAAACGGUGGCUCCAGUAAUGAGUUCGUUAGCGAGGAAUGGAAAACACUAGUUCCACUCUCUGAUCCUCGAGUAUUGCUAAAAGUCACCAAUCAAGAGGAUGAUAUUUCACAAUUGCAGUAUAUCAUUGAAAAUCCCACACCGAGGAUUUUUAUGUUCACCACAUCGUUACAUAUCGAAGAUGAUUCAGGCUGGGAUUUCAAUAUUGAUACGAUCCGAACCCCAUUUGUUUUAAAUGCGUUUCCAGUAUUGCCUUUUAACAGACACGUUAUAAAAUACCGUGGAAGUCAUUCAGCAGGGACUAAUCUCAUCAAAUUGCCUAUCAUAAGAGUCUUUGACAUGAAUUACAAGGUCAACCUACCAACAUUGCCAGUAUCUGAAAAUGUGGUGACUGACGAGAACGUACUUUACUUGAAAAUAGACAGUUAA